AUGACAGGAAGAAAACCAGACCUGUCAAAGAUGUGGGUGUUUGGCUCAGAGUGUUACAUUUAUAACUAUGAUCAUAAGAAACUAGACCCUAGGUAUAUGAAAGGAGUAUUUGUCGGUUAUGAUAAGAACAGCCCAGUCCACCUUGUUUAUCACCCACAGUGUGGUAAAGUCAUGAAACACAGAUUAGUAAAGUUUAUUAAGAAUACCAGUGCAGAACAAUGCACACAGACUGAAAUUGAUGAUCUAGGCCUUUGUAGAAAGGAGGAAAAUGAAAUUUCCCCAAAUGAUGUUCAGGGACAGGAAAAAGAUUUUCCCGAACCUGAAGAAAUUGUUGAAAACUUAGAUUUAGGCGAAGGGCCACAGUUAGGUGUUGAAGAUAGUAAAGAGGUUGAAGAUGAUCAUGAGGUUAAGGUUUAUCCUCAGAGGGAGAGAAAAGCCCCACAAUAUUUAGGAGUCAAUAAUUCAGCCAGUGUAAAUGUUGAUUAUUGUCAUAAAGUUUGCGGUGUGCCACAAACGUACACUGAAGCUAUGGAGUCCCCUGAAGCUUCAGGUUGGGAGAAGGCCAUGAAAGGUGAGAUGGAAGCACUCAAGGAGAAUGACACGUUUGAAUUAACCUCCUUACCAGAGGGUAAGAAUUUAGUGGGGGGAAGUUGGGUCUAUACCAUCAAGGAGGAUGCAAAUGGUUUGGAAACAUUGAAAGCAAGAUAUGUUGCAAAAGGGUACAAUCAAGUGCAUGGUAUCGACUAUGAGGAAACUUUUUCCCCAACUGCCAACAUUACAUCAAUCAGAAUCCUUAUGCAACUUGCUGCUCAAUAUAAUCUUACUGUUCAUCAGAUGGAUGUCAAAACAGCUUUCCUUCAUGUCCCUAUUGACCAUGAAAUAUUCAUGGAGCAGCCUAUGGGCUUUGAAGAGUUGUCAGAGAACGGUGUCAAAUUAGUCUACAGGUUGAAGAAAUCUCUUUAUGGUCUUAAGCAGUCGGGUAGGAACUGGAACAGGGUGUUAGACGAGUACUUGAUAAGUGAUGGAUUUAUUAGAAAUCCAGUUGACCAUUGUGUUUAUCAAAAACAAACAGGUGAAGAUAUCAUAAUUGUAGUUAUAUGGGUUGAUGAUCUGAUUAUAGCUUCAAGUAACACAGAUAAGAUCAGUCAAUUCAAGGAAAACAUGAAAUCUAAAUUCAGGAUGAAGGACUUGGGAGAAAUUUCUUAUUUCUUGGGUAUUAGCUUUAAACAAGGAAAUGGAGUUAUUAAAAUGAAUCAGAAAAGAUAUAUUCAGAAAAUACUGGAUAGAUUUGGUAUGUCUGAUUGUAAGCCUAGAACAACCCCAUGCGAGCAGAGAUUUGAGGGCAUGAGUGAUAGUGAACAGGUAGACCCAAGGAGAUAUAGAGAGAUUGUAGGUAGUCUAAUUUACUUGAUGACAUGUACCAGACCAGAUAUUAGUUGGGUGGUUAGCAAGCUAUCUCAAAAAUUGUCAUGUCCCAGGUUGGAAGAUUUAGUGACUGCAAAACAUGUACUGAGAUAUUUAAAGGGCAGCAUGGAGCAUGAGUUGUGUUUUAGAAAGUGUGAUGGUGAGCUUAAUCUUAUUGCUUAUACAGACGCUGACUGGGCAUCUUCGUUGGAUGAUCGACACAGUACAACAGGGUACUGUUUUAGUUUAACGGAGAAUGGUCCUCCAAUAUUGUGGAAGUCUAAGAAGCAACCCACAAUUGCGCUUUCAACUUAUGAAGCAGAGUAUGUAAGUUUAGCAGCCACUACUCAGGAAAGUUUAUAUUUGAUGCAGUUACUUAACAGUAUGGAUAGCAAAAUACAUACAUGCACGCGAAUAUAUGAGGAUAAUCAAGGGGCAAUAGCCUUUUAA